CGAUUCUUUCACGUCUUUAAACAAAAAAAACAAGCGUCUGGAAGUUAAAAACAGAGGAGUUCAUGACGUGUUUCUACAAAUUAAUGUUUGACACAAAUUAUAGCUAUUGUAGUUGAAAAACAACAGUCAUUAUGAUGCAAGUAACAGAUUUCCAGAAAAUAGGCGUUGGCCUUGCUGGAUUUGGAGUGGCAUUCUUAUUUUUAGGAAUACUGUUCUUCUUUGACAAAGGUCUACUUGCCAUAGGAAAUAUUUUAUUCAUAGCAGGUCUAGCAUUUGUAAUAGGAUUGGAAAGGACCUUCAGAUUUUUCUUUCAGCGGCAUAAAGUGAAAGCAACUAGCUUUUUUAUUGGGGGAAUGCUGGUUGUAUUACUGGGAUGGCCAGUUAUAGGAAUGGUUUUAGAAAUAUAUGGAUUUUUCUUAUUAUUUAGUGGAUUUUUCCCUGUUGCCAUAAAUUUCUUAAGAAGGGUACCAGUUAUAGGAACAAUAUUGUAUUUACCAGGAAUAAGAUCUGUAGCGGAUAGAUUAGGAGAGUCAAGUUCAAUGGCAUAAAGAAACUGUGAGAAGAUGUUAAAUAUGAAAACAGCAAUGAGUCGGGCUUUUUUUUUUCAUGAAAUAAUAAUCUGUGUAAUGUUGCUCCAAAUCGGGUAUAAACUAUUGAGUUGGAUAUCGGUUUAGGUGGUGCUCAAGUGCCUGUGGUGAAUUAGUUUUGCACAUGUACAUACCACAGGCCACUAGUCGGUGGGUUUGACAGAUAGAUUUGACACUGCAUUGUUUAAGUUUCAUUUUGUUUGUUUUAAAAAAAAAAUAUGCUGCCAAUACUCAAUGGCAUUAGAGGAGUAC